AUGGACGCUUUCGUGGACGAGGAGGGCGAGGCGGCUCUCGCGGAGCUCGAGGAGGAGCUCGAUGAGGAGCGAUCGGUCGAGGAUGCGUUGGCAGCGAUGGCGCAGCGCGGCGCCCGGAGCGCUCCGGAGCCUCCCACCGCCGGGAACGCUGCUGCUACUGCUGAACCGCAGCCGACCGCUCGCACUCCCGCAGCGGGCAGCCCCGGCACGAGCGGCGCCUGUGUGGACUGCAGCUCUGGGCGGGCCCAGCCCAAGUUUCGGGAGGCGUUUGGGCUCAGCGUGUGCUACGACUGCCAGCGGGCGGGCCGUGGCGAGGGAGGCAGGUACCAGGUGCUGAGCAAGUCUCGCGCCAAGGACGAGUACCUGCUGAGCGACCGCCAGCUCGACGGCGAGCGCGGCGGCCUGCGAAGCAUGCGGCUGCCCAACCCGAAUGACGCCCGGGAGCGAUUGCCCCGGCCUGCCCUCGUGUGGGGUGCGUGGGAGGGUGAGGUGGAGGAGCUGGCGCUCGCGACGUGGGGGUCGAGCGAGGCGCUGCUGCUGGAGAAGGAGCGGCGGUCUGACGAGCGGCUCCGCCGCGCCGAGGCCAAGCGCAAGCUCAAGAGCGGCACGCCUGAGGAGCAGAUGAUGGCGCGCUGCAACGGCCGCGCCGCGCCAAAGCAGCAGAGGCGAAAGGCGCAGGCCGGAAAGGCGGGCGAGGCGGCGGCGCGCCCGCCGGUGCGGCAGCUGGCUGCGGAGAGGCACGAGCACGUCUUCUCGCCGGACGAGGAGUACGACGAAGCGACCGACCUCUGGACGAAGCGGUGCGCGUGCGGCUUCACGGUGCAAUACGAGCGGAUUUAGUAAAUGGCCCAUUUAGCGGUCCGUGUGGGGAAAUGUGUUUAUCUCGCUGUGACGAUGAGAAUACUGUAUGUGAA